AUGGCCGGCUCGCCACAUAAGGCGAGCCCCAGACCUUCCUUCGACAAGCGUCCGGCCUCCCAGUCGGACUCUGAGAGAUCUAAGAGACAAGCCACCGGAUACUCGUCAUCCAUUGUUCAAAGCAGAACGAGCCAGCAGCCUCUGAUUCCCCGGGCUCGCUCAAAAGUCCUGUUGCGCGUGGCGUCUGGUUCUGGAGUGUCUGUUGCUCAGAGCAUCGAGGGGAGUGUGAUCCCCGCGGCCGCCACUGCCAAUGCCGAAAGAUCUGCAAUCCUCAAGCCUCGCGUCCAGUUCCACUUCUAA